AUGCAUGUGCGAGCAGGGCGGCGGCGGCAAAGUCGCCUCGGCUUAACCAGGGACUCAUCCUCUCGGAAGUGUUGCAGACCCUCUUCAAGUCCCCCCGCCCCGCCCGGGUGCUGCCUAGAUCCAGGGCUGGUCUCCCUGAAGAUUUUCUCUCUCCCGGAAGAAGUGGGAGGCAGGGGCCGGCUCGACUUUCGCCAGCAGUCGCCAUCGCAUAGAUAUUUGGGACGUCUUCGGACCCUUUUUACAAGCACGGCCAGACCUUUGCCAAGAAGUGAAGCCGAGGGAGGACUUUCGCGAAGUGCGAGUCAAGCAAUUUCCAGUCCGCACGGUGGGCCUAGCUCCGGCGGGGUGCUGCGCCAGGGCUGGGCUCCGGUUGCGCCGUCUGCUAAGCCCCCACCGAGGCAUUCAUCUCAGGUUUGGAGGAGCCGUAACAUUUUGAAGCUGCGGCCUCUGCCGGUUUCGUCGUGCUGAUUUCGCGCCCCGCCUACAGAGAGGU